AUGGCGGCCAGGGCCGACGGCGGCAAGAGACCAGGAGGGCCGCCGAGGAUGGCGGCCAGGGCCGACGGCGGCAAGAGACCAGGAGGGCCGCCGAGGAUGGCGGCCAGGGCCGACGGCGGCAAGAGACGAGGAGGGCCGCCGAGGGCCGCCGAGGGCCGCCGAGGGCCGCCAGCAGCGGAUGCCAGGUGGUGGAAGCCCUGGAGCCGGCUGGGCCUGGCGCUCGGCCAGCUGUCGGACGACGGGGCGCCACAGGAAGCUAUGCAGGCCUGCCUCGAGGCCACCGCGCUCGAACCCUCGCGCGAGAACGUGGCGUCCCUGCUGCGGGCCGCCGCCACCCGGGGCGCUCGCGGCGCGGGCGCCGCCCACGCGGAGAAGGAGGCCGGGAACGAAGCGCACCGCGCCGGCCAGCUGGGCGUCGCCGUGGCGAG